UGGUAUCAGAGAAAUACAGUAAUCCGUCACUCGUUCCUCUGUUUUUCACACUUUGCUUUUUGACUUUUCGCACCUUUUCUUCCUAAUGUCAGAUCCAUUACUCACCGACGCUCGUUCUUCUGCAACUUCUUCUGAAAAUGAGCCCUCUGCAACUCCUUCCCUCUCUUUUUCUAAUCUUGACCCAUACUCCAAUCCUUUGUUUCUUCAUGCCGCUGAUACCUCUAGUGUGUCGCUUAUUACCGAGAAACUCACUGGUGAACCAAAUUACAAUGUUUGGUCGCGAUCUAUGACCAAGGCUCUCAAUGCCAAGAACAAGCUUGGUUUCAUCGAUGGGUCUAUCCCUCCACCUUCUGUUUCAGAUCUUCAUUUUGGCUCUUGGUCUCGCUGCAAUGACCUGGUAUGUACUUGGUUAAACAAUUCUGUGUCUUCUGACAUUGCUGGUUUGGUUAUAUAUUUCGACAAUGCACGAGACAUCUGGGUGAAUCUGGAAAACAGAUUCAAACAGAAAAAUGUUUCCAAAAUCUACAACAUUCAGCAGCAACUGGAUCUUCUGCAUCAAGGAUCAUUGGAUCUUAAUUCUUAUUAUACUAAGUUGAACAGUUUGUGGGAAGAGUUGAAGAAUCAUGAGCCAUUUCCGAUUUGUACUUGCAAAGGUUGUUCUUGUGAUCUGUCUGGGCGAUGGCAGGAGCUUUAUGACAGAAGGAAUGUUGUUAAAUUUCUCAUGCGUUUGAAUGAUUCCUUCACUCCUGCGAGAAGACAAAUCCUUAUGAUGGAGCCUGUUCCAAACUUGACUCGAGCUUAUAACCUGAUUGCUCAAGAAGAGCAGCAGAGAAUUGUGGUUUCUUCUCCAUCUGAUUCAAUGGUUUUUCAGACGUCAAAUGCUAAUCCUCGGCAAUCAGCUUCGUCCAUCCUUGGCAUUCCUCCUUCUCGACAGGUUUCUUCUGUCAAGCCUCGACCUCAAUGCACUCAUUGUGGUCUCAUAGGACAUACUGUCAACAGAUGUUUCAAAAUCUAUGGAUAUCCUCAAGGACACAAGCCUGCUUGGAGUUCCAAAACUCAGAAGAAAUUUCAGCCUUUGCAGUCUCAUGUUAACAUGGUCGGUGCUCCUGGGUUUGAUGGAAACACUACAGACUUCAAUUCUGCCUCUGGUAUAGUCUCGAAAACUUCGUUUGAGCAAGCUCAGAAUUUGAUUUCGCAGCUCAGUACACAGCUCAAGGGACUAAGUACCUCGACCACUGAUUCAAAUUUAGCAGUUCCACCACCCUCAUCAGGACCCUACUCGGGGAUUGAUGAUUGGAAGGGGUGAUCAAAUUAAUGGUCUAUACAUCCUCCAAUUGCAGCCAUCCUCAUCUUCUGUUCCACUUGACUUGUGUUCUGCGGUCUCGAUACCCUCACUAGAUGUCUGGCAUAAACGUCUUGGGCAUCCUUCAGACCUCAAGAUUCACGGCCUUGCAUCAAAUAACGAGCUGCAAUUUUCUAUUUCUCCUAAUAAUGCGCAUUGCGAUGUUUGUCACUUGGCUAAGCAAAAGCGCCUUUCGUUUCCUGUUUCUUCUUCAGUUUCUGCUUCUCCUUUUGAUUUACUACACAUUGAUGUUUGGGGCCCUUUCCAUACACCGACGGUGGAUGGACAUCGCUAUUUCUUUACCAUCGUUGAUGAUUGUACCCGUGUUACUUGGAUUUAUCUUUUACGUAAUAAGAGUGAUGUU